CUCGCGCGCGCGUUUCCUUUCCAACUGGGACCUGACGGAACCGCUCCCACAAAGAAGGGUGGCGAGAAGAAAAAGGGCCGUUCUGCCUUCAGAGAGGUGGUGAUCCGAGAAUACACCAACAUUCACAAGCGCAUCCAUGGAGUGGGCUUCAAGAAGCGUGUUCCGCGGGCACUCGGAGAGAUUCGGAAAUUUGCCAUGAAGGCGAUGGGAACUCCAGAGGUGCGCAUUGAUACCAGGCUCCACAGUGCUGUCUGGGCCAAAGGCAUAAGGAAUGUCCUAUACCGAAUCCGUGUGUGGUUGUCCAGGAAACGUAGUGAGGAUGAAGAGCCACCAAAUAAGCUCUAUACUUUGGUUACCUUUGUACCUGUUACCACUUUCCAAAAAUCUACGGUGAAUGUGGAUGAGACCCAAUCACUGAUCGUCAAAUACAUCAAAUAA